GUCUGGAGCAGCAAGGACAAGGACCUGAUGGCCUUGCUACGCACCACGCCCAAGCUGCUGCUCCAGACCACGCACAGGACGCGCCUCAACAGCAGCAUCAACAUAGACACAUACACAAUGACGACGAAGCAUCCACUCGUGGGCGGGGUCUUCGCCGGGCUGGAGGGCUACGAGAACAUGCUCGACAAGCCCCGCAGCGGAUGCGCUCCGGUUUUGGGGCUCGCCGCGUUGGAGAGCCUCCUGGAGCGCGACGUGGGCGGAGCACUCAAGCGGGAGAUCAGCGCCGACCUGGAGCAGGCCCAGCCGUCCGACGAGACGGCCGAAGUUGAAGUCUCGAAGUACGAGCUGCAGCAACAUAUCAGCUUCAUGCGGCGCGAGCGAUGCUUCGACGCGGACAAGGCCAAGCUGAUCGAGGGG